AUGUCUUCAGAGUAUAAGCAAGUCACGGUUGAUAAAUUAAUCGAAAAUACUUUUGAUUUGGGAAAUUUAGCUACAUUUGACCCUAAUCCUCUAUCUAAUGAAAAAUUAGCCAGUAAGAAUGAGCUGGAAAAAGAGGAAUAUCUAACGUCAAUUGCCAGAGAUAAUACACAACUUUUGAUAAAUCAGAUCUUAUCACUCCCUAUCAAAGCUUCAACAGACAGCCAAGGUAUAACUUUAGUACAACUACCCCAACCAACAACUUUAUUACCUCGAGAGAAGGGAAUACCUAAAGCGGCCCCAAAAACAAAAUGGCAGGAGUUUGCUGCUAGAAAGGGUAUUAAAGCAAAAUCAAAAGACAAAUUAAAGUUUGACGAAGAGACUGGAAAAUGGGUCGAAUCAUGGGGAUACAAGGGUCAUAAUAAGAAACUCGACGACCAAUGGUUAGUGGAAGUUGAUGACAAGAAAACAAAAGAAGGUGAUGAUUUGAUUGAUCCAAGGACAUUAGCUAGAGCUGAAAGGAAAAAGCUUAUCAAGAAGAACGAGUUGCAGCAUAAACGGAAUUUGAAAAGGUGA